UUCCUCAUUACCCUUUCCCUUGUUUGUCCUAAACAUCUUUACUGGCAAUUUUUACGUGUAGCCUGUCCAAGCAUGCCCCCAAACGGAAUUAACAGGGCCCUGAAGCUGCAGUUUGGCCUCAUCAACUAUGAGAACCGCUACCUGACGGCUGAGGCAUUCGGCUUCAAGGUGAAUGCCUCGGGCAUCAGCUUGAAGAAGAAGCAGAUUUGGACCUUAGAGCAGGACGAGCAAGAUGGCCAAGUAGUGUUCCUCCGCAGCCACCUGGGACGCUAUCUUGCCUCUGACAAAGAUGGGAAGAUCACAUGUGGGGCAGAGAAGCCUGACCCUGAAUGCCGUUUCCUUAUUGUCCCCCAAUCUGAUGGUCGCUGGGCACUGCAAUCAGAGCCUUACCUGCGUUACUUUGGAGGCUCGGCUGACUACCUGUCCUGCUUUGCCCAAGCCAUUGGGGAACAAGAGCUUUGGGCCGUCCAUUUGGCUUUACACCCACAGGCCAGCCUGCUCAGUGUAGCACGGAAGCGCUAUGCCCAUCUGUCUGCAUCAGAUGGAGAGAUCUCAGUGGACAGUAACAUUCCCUGGGGAGUGGACUCCCUGGUCACCUUGGUAUACAUGGAUGGCAAGUACAGCCUGAAGACCUGUGACAGCCGUUUUCUUAGUAAUGAUGGCAAACUGGUGAAGGAGAACACCAAUACCACUAGCUUCACACUGGAGCUGAAAUCUGGGAAGCUGGCCUUUAAGGACUGUGAUGGGAAAUAUCUGACCCCAGUGGGUCCCACAGGAACGCUGCGAUCUGGCCGAUGCUCCAAGCCUGGAAAAGAUGAGCUGUUUGAUCUUGAGGAGAGUCAUCCACAAGUAGUUUUUCAGGCCGCCAACAAAAGAUUUGUCUCUGUCAAGCAAGGAGUGAGUAUUUCAGCCAAUCAGGAUGUGGAGACAGACAUGGAGACCUUUCAGAUGGAGAUUGAUAAGGAGAGCAAGAAGUCUAUGUUCAGGACCAAUGGCGGAUCCUACUGGACUCUAGUGACUCACGGAGAGAUCCAGUCUACUGCCACAGAGGUAGAGGUCAACACAAUGUUUGACAUUGAGUGGCGAGGACAAAGGGUGGCACUCAAAGCAAGUAAUGGAAAGUAUGUGUGUACAAAGAAGAACGGGCAACUCUCAGCUGUCAGCGAUACAGUGGGUAAUAUUGUUCCCACAUGCGCAAUAGAUGAACGGCAUUUGUCCUUCAUUGCAGGUGAUGAUGAAUUAUUCCUCAUGAAACUCAUCAACCGCCCUAUACUGAUCCUUAGCGGAGAGAAUGGCUUUGUAUGUCACCACAAGAACUCCAACACUCUGGACGCAAAUCGAUCUGUCUAUGACAUUUUUUCAUUGAUAUUCAACGAUGGCGCCUACAACGUAAAAAGUGUGAAUGGAAAGUUCUGGUAUGUCUCUAGCAGUGGCCUGGUGUGCUCAGAUGGAGAAAAACCAGAGGAUUUUUUCCUUGAGUUCCUGGAACAUGGACGCAUCGCCAUCAAGGGCUCCAACGGCAAGUACCUUCGUGGAGACCAGGGGGGUACCCUUAUGGGUGACGGUACAACGGCUGAUGCAUCUUCUCUUUGGGAGUACUGAUCCCUUUCAAUCAGGGUCCUCAAAUAGAAGCAAGAAGGCAGGGUGCAGGACCGGCUUCCAUCAGCUCAAAUGAAGCGAACUGACUGGGCAACAUUUUCCUGCUUGUUUUUAUACUAGCUUCCAGGUGCCCGAUACCAUGUUCUGUUUUGUUUUGUUUUGUUUUUUUUAAUUGGGAAGAAGUGAACACUUUAGGGAGAUACUGUAUGUGUGUUUUUUUCUUAAAUAUGUCAAAUGUUUUGUCUUUCAAAUGACAAUGCCAACAUCAGACAACACAUCCAUCGUGAAAAUGUGCAAUUUCACAAAUACGGAUUAAGACAGUAGCUGUUCCAAUCUUUCAGACAUACUGUAUUCAACAUAGCUAUUGUACCAAAUAUCUUUGAGGGCAGCCACACUGAUCAGUCACUGAACUGUCAGAAAUAGAAAACAAAAGCCCCUUUCACACGUGAAGUCUAUCCCCCGUAAAUUUCCUGCAUGUGUGAAUGGAAGCAAGGAUCACUACUGUCACCAUAAACAUUUUAGGGAAAAUGCCAGUACUGCUGUGUUAUGAAUGAAAGCAGUAACAUUGCGGGGACAAGCACAUAAAAGGUUACAUCUGUCUGACGAAAGGCACUUUCACUCUGAGACGCUCCAACGUUCGAUACUUUCAGUGUAUUGAAUGCAUUAUUCUGAUUCAAGUAUAUCAUAAAAAAGAUUAUUUGUCUCACAAACUUAUUUUAUAUUAAAUACAUUACAAGAGCAAUGGACAAAAACAACCCCUCGCCCACCAUGUUCCUGAAAAUAAUAAGGGACGUCUUCCGCCGAGUAAAUGUACAUCCAGCCUUAACCCUUCUUCUUCUUCUGCUGGGUUUCAAGUGGUUGGCAUCCAAAAGCUUGGCAUUACCGCCAUCUGCUGGACUCUCCCAUGUCGCAUCUAUUCUGGCAUUGCAAUGUGUGAAAAGAUGUUCCUGAAUGCAGCUGCAUUUGUGAAUAGUGAAAAUGACUGGCGGUGCCUAAAAGAUUAUCCCAUUCACUAGGAACUAUGUGUGAAAGAGGCUAAAGAGUGUUUCUGCAUUUGACACAUUUUCUGUUAUCCCAUUCAGAAAGCGGGGCCAUGAAUGGCAACAAAAGGAGCUUUUAGUCCUUUGUUUGCUGCUAAACUCCACUUGCUAAAUAGAACAAAUAUCUCCAAAAUCUGAGAAGAUCUCUUCCAAUUUGUCUGUUAAUCAGAAGGGAAACAAAUCUGGCAGUGAAGGACGGCUCAGUCCUGAAAAACAUUCACACACUCUAACUGCAAAUCAUUGAAAAACAAACACAGACAACGAUGGAUCAGUGUGGCUGCAUCUUUUGGUUUCUUUAUUAAAAAAAGGAUAUUCAUUUAUAGACACAAAAUUAACUUCAUUUGGUUUAGAUGGCCAUACUAUAGUCAUCUACCUUUUUCUGGAUAUUACUUCUGUAACAUCUGUCAACAGUCCCACCACGUUUGUUUACGGCUUUUAAAUGAUUUCAAUGCUUCGACAUGUUCUAUAAGAACAGUCAGUGAUGUCACUCUAAGCACUAAGGUAAUGCACCAUUGUCCUAAAAGACAUGAAUGGCUGCUGCCAAUGGUGUUUUCAUUCAUCUUAAUAGGCCAUUUAGAGCUUCCAUAAAAGCGCAAUAUGAAGCAAAUGAAGUGGACUGGAGCGAAUAGACCGUACUGUCUCAGGCACCUCUGCAAUGCUGAGCAAAGAGGACACAUUUCAGCAUCACUGUAAACACUGUAAUAAAUUUUUUGAUAUAGAUGUGUACACAUAUAGUAUUUCAGUGAUCAGACAGUUGUUCAGGAUCAGUAGAAAUGUCAUUUAUCUAUAUCAGGGACAUGUGAGAAAGGGGAAGCAUAUAUGAAGCAUUUAAUGAACAAUACAUCAUUUUAAUGUACCAGGUGUGAACUCAGAAAGUGCUUUUUUUGGUGUUCUGCCUAGGGGCCUUAAACCAUACUGCACUCGAUAUCCCUUUAUACCCUGUUCUCAUGUUCAGAGUUGGGUGGUAAGAUUAAAAAAUAUAAUGGGCAACAGAUAUCUUAACAAAUUACUUACUGGAAUACUUGUAAGUGAAACAAGAAAAAUCAUUAUGCCACUGUAGCAGCGAUGUCCCACAAAACAUCAUGCACGUGCAAAUACAAAUGUUAAAGCAACAUUAUGUAAGAAUUGGUCCUUUUUGGCCCUACAGUUUCUUAGUGCAAUUCACUUAUACACCACUGUGGUAAAUAUGGGCAGCUGUGCGUGCAUUUGUUACAAUUAGGCCACAUUAUGUCAGAAACCAGCGAGUUGACCACUUUGCAAACACAGCCUCCUACAAACUCCGUACAUCACCGAGAGUUGAGGCAGCGCAGCCAGAGGACAUCAGAGGCAAAACCAGAAAGUGUUUUCUCCAUAAAACAUAAGCCGGUUUCACCAAAAUCUGGGACAUAUUUGGGGGUAUGUGAUGUAGUGCUGUAAAGCGUUACGCACUUCCUGCAAGAGAUCGUACCCAAUCACACGUUCUAUAGUGCAAGAAUAGGUGUUGAGGGCUCAGACUGGCAACGACAGAGGCACCAUUCUUCCUAUUAAGAGUCAGUGUACCAUCAAAAUGAUCCUGAAGCUAUUAUUUUAAGGUUUGGGUUACAUAAUGUUGCUUUAAAAUAAUGCUUGUUUUCCAUCUAUUUGCCCAGUUUGCUGACACAUUGGGCAAAUGUGUCAGCAAACUGCUCCUUCAGACAGCUUUGGAGUUGUUUGAAAACAUGUUACAGAGCGGGGCAAUUUGCCUCUGCUCUGCCUCCAGUCUUUCUGCACUGCUAGGCAAAGAACUUCACACUGAAACUCAUAUGAAUCUUCUCAUCUUACUUUGGACGUGACAGCAAACAACUGUAUUUCACAAAAUGCUGGAGUGUUCCGCUAAGUAAUCAACCCAACACUGCUUUUGUAAAAUGUGAUCAGUAGCCUCUAGCACAGCCCUUUAAGGGAGACCUUUGUAUUGAUUGUAGACUCUUGACACUCAUUAAAUCCCUAAUGGCACAAGCUGCCCAGAUUUUAUUGGCCCAGAUGUUGGUGUGCAGCACAGAGGACAACCCAAACCUGUAUACAGUUUAUCCUGUAGAUUUUUGUCAGUUAUAUCCCAGGAAGAAAUAAAAUCUGCAGUAGUUCAAGAGUAAUAUCUAAAGCAACGGUUUUGUGAUGUGUGUAACUUGCAAUUAAUAGAGAAGCAUUUUAGAAAGCAAGGUCUAAAAGGCUUGGUCACCUAUGCAUCCUGCAUCAGCUCUAUAGAGAGC